AUGGCUUCCGCUGGUGCUGGAGAGUGGAGCCGGAGCAACGGCGAGGCUGAGUGGGAAACGAGCGGCGGCGGCGACGACGACGGCUCAGGCUACGACUCCGACUCCGACGGCGACAGCACAUAUAGCCUGGAUUCCAACCCUGAGGUGGAAAACAUUCCCCACGCCGACACCAGCAGGGAGCCGGAGAACACGUGGGCAGAUGACGACGUAACAAGACCCUAUCGUCAGCCGUGGUUGUGGGUCCGCGAGUGGCAACGGCACGAAGCCGAGGCAUCGCGAAAGCAAAUCCAGGCGUUCUGCGCGGAGAUCCUCGCCAAAACGGGGGAGCAGCAGAAGAACGACCCCGUCCGGGCGCCGCAGCAGGAUCUGGCGACCGAGGUGGCCGUGAUGACGGUGCGGCUCGCGUCCAUGAAGAAGCGCACGGCGGGCGACGUGAUCCGCGAGUUCACGAGGCUCAAGUCGCUGUUCCCGGAGGAGUCGUACAAGGCGAAAUUCUUCCUCGCGGGCACCGCGGGCCGGAUCGUGGCGCCGCUGCUCCACCCCGUGUUCCAGACGUGGAAGCCGCUCAGGGACCCCGCCCUCUGGCUGGACGUCGCCGGCCCCCUGAAGAACGUACUGGAAGUCGACGGGCCACGCUUGUCGCCGUACGCCAGGCUGAUAGACGACACCGUGGUUCCGGCUGUCCAGGCGUCCGAGUGGAAGUACACGGACCCGGACCAGAUGCUCCGGUUCCUGACGGCGUGGAAGGACGCUCUGCCUCAGCCCGCCGUGCGAGGGAUCCUGGAGAAGAUCGUCAUGCCGGAGCUGGCCGACGCGGUGGCGUCGUGGGACCCGCGGUGCGCGUGGAACGCCAAUCUCCACAUCUUCCUGCAGCCGUGGGUGCCGCUCGCCGGCCCCUUGCUAGAGAGCCGCCUGUACGACGCCGUGAGGCAGAAGCUCGAGAAGGGGGUGUGGGAUUGGGACGACACGACUGUCGACGCCUUGGUCGCCAACCGCAGGAUGUUGUCGCCGUGGAAGGCGCUGUUUACCCCGGAGAGCUGGGAGCUGCUUCUGGGCCGGAUCAAGGUGGCGCCGAACCUGAGGCUGCGCCUGCGGAGGGUCGAGAUCACGCUCACGCCGCCGAAGCAGAAGGACGACGCGUUCCUCCAGGUGAUGAAGUGGGCACCCUUCGUGCCGCCGCAGGGCGUGGUGUGGCUCCUGGAGGCGGAGUUCUUCGGAAGGUGGCUUGGAGCGCUGCGCGGGCUACGGGCUGCCUCGGGACCCAGCACUGGCGAGGCCGUCGCGUGGUGCAAAGGGUGGAAACGGCUCUUCACGGUAGAGUUGCUCGCCGAUGAGCUCGUGAAGGCGCGUUUCCAGGCCGGCUUCGACAUGGUCAGCCGUGCGGCGGCGGGGCUGGAGAUUUAG